GCCGGCUCAAGGCCGGAGGGGCCCCCGAAGUCAGGUGAUCAGGUCACAUGAUCAGACAGACGGUGUGGCGGCGGGUGAUUUGUAAUUACCCAGCAUCUUGAUGUUAACGAUAAACGUGGAUGGACUUCUCACCAGAUACUUUGGAUGUGGAGACAAAUUUUGUUUCUUUGCACUUGAAUUUUCUUGACCGAAGUUAUCUAACUUUAUAAUUCAAGUGCUUGAACUACAGAGUUAUCAAACCAAAGAUUAAAUUCAUUACAAUACAAACCUUGAUUAAAUAUGAUCACUUCAGUUGACAAAAUGAAUUCCUUCCACAAAGUGGACAGUCCAGAAAACAUUUUUGACAUGAACUAUUCUUCUUGGAAUGUACGUUGCACUGUGAUUGCUGCUGGUUUUCUAUUCUAUUUCACAAUACUCAUUCUUUCACAUGGGUUAUGCAUUGUAUUGUCUGCUACCUACUAUUCUCUGCCAGCAAAAGAGAAGGUCUUCUGGAAUCUUGCUGUCACUCGUGGGGUUUUUGGAAUUCAGAGCAUGGUUGCCGGUCUUUGGGCUCUCCUUAAAGAUUCAGAAUUGCACGCUGACAAGAUUUUAGGUCAACGGAACUGGUGUUGGUUCAAUAUCUUAACAGCAAUUGGCUUCUUUAUGUUGGAAAACGCAGCUCUUCAUGGGUCCAAUGUGGUUUUCAAAACGUUUGAUAUGGCUUUGGCUGUCCACCACUUUUUUGCCAUUUCUGGUUUUGCCACCAAUUUGAUAUGGGACAAUAUAGGUCAUUAUUUGCCCAUGAUGAUAUUAUUGUUGGAAAUGAGCACUCCAUUCACUUGCAUUUCUUGGAUCUUGCUGAAGGCUGGUUUUGCACAUAUUCCUCUCUGGAAAUUAAACCAAUGGCUCAUGAUUCACCUCUUCCACUGUCGUAUGAUCCUUACCUAUCACAUAUGGUGGGUGUGCUGGCAGAAUUUUGAAAUAAUAAAACUACACGUACCAGUCCCACAGGCAGUGCUGUUCUUUUCUGGACUUUUCCUCCUGACCUUCAUAAUCAAUCCUCAUUGGACACGUAAGAAAACAAUGCAGCUUUUUAACCCAGUUGACUGGAACUUUGUGAAAGAGAAGGAGACUAGCGAGAGGGCGAAUGGCGAAGCGAAGAAGGUUUUGAAGAAAACAACGUGACUUGAAAUAUGAGACUGUAAUUUGGGGGCAUAAGUUAAACUGCAAAAUAAUGUUCUUAAUGUGCUAAAAUGUACAAGUCUAUGCCGUGAUGCUAAUAUUUAUGCCUCUGGCUUUCGAGUCUGACAUCUAACAUGGCUGUAUGUAUUAAUUAUCUCAGCACAAAUGGAUCUUUUUAUACAAGCAAGAAUUAUGCGAUAAGUGUCUUUCAAACUGAAUGCAGACAGGUCAAAAAAAGGAUCUGGGCAAACAAAGUUCAGACAUUGGCUUCAGCAACAACAUGAAUAAUUACUUGCCGAAAUUGGAGCACUUGCCUGACAUCACACUCUUGAGAUUUUAGUUUACAAUAAAAGAGUAGUGUCAAAGUAAGUUAAGUCUUUAAGAAAGUCCAAUAUGUUUUAGAGAAAAACUAUUUGUAAAAUAGUAAUAAAUCUCCAUAACUAAAAAAAUAAGUAGCGAAAUAAUUCCAAAGCAUUUGUGGUAAAUAGUUACUUUAUUUUGCCACCUGAACUUGUUUGGAUUCCUUGCUGUUUAUUUUCUACAUGAGAAAGUUGAUGUAAUAUGAUGUAUUUACACCACCUAUGUAUUGUACCAACUUCACAAGGAUGGAAUCAACCAAAUUCUGCUGUUACCAUGUGAUAAUACUACAGAGUGUCAUAAUUACAUCACAGAAUCCCUACAGUGUAGGAGGACACUGACCCUUCCAACAGCUCCCCACCACAUCCCACAACCCCACAUUUACCACGGCUAAUCCAACCAACUUGCACAUCUCUGAACACACUGGACAAUUUCAGUAUGGCCAAUCCACCUAACCUGCACAUCUUUGGUCUUGCUUUUGAAUUUCAGUAUUUUAUUGCCUAGAUGCCACUGUGGAUCAAUGAAACCUAUAUUUUACAUUGUUACCACCACUUGCUUAGUUGGUUAGCACUGAUUCCUCAGAAUGCUCUGGGUUCACGUUUCACUCCAGAACUUGAGCCUAAACGCAAGGCUUGACAGUUCAGUGCAGUAAUGAAGAACUGCUGCACUGUUUGAGGUCUCCUUUUACAAAUGAGAUGUGAAACAGAUACUCCAUCUAUCCAGUCUAGAUCCUAUGCCAUUAUUUUGUCAAAGAACUAGGCCUAGUUGUCCACCGUGUCCUGGUUAGAACAUAUUCCUCAAAAACGAUGGCAGAGAACAGGUUGUCUGCUCAAUAUCAAAGUGCUGUAUGUGCGAUCUUGUGUUCAAAUCGACGUCUGUACACCCAGUAUUAUUGCAGUGACUGCACUUCAUGUAAAGCAGGGCUGGAUGCCAUUAAGGUUGUCUUUUUUUAAUUGACAUAGACUCCCUACUGUGUGGAAACAGGCCAUUUAGCCUAACAGGUCCACACUGACCCAUUCCCCUCCCUAUCCCUGCGUUUCCCAUGACUAACCCACCUAGCCUGCACAUCCCUAAACACUACGGGCAAUUUAGCUUGGCUAGUCCACCUAACUUGCAUGUCUUGGAUUGUGGGAGGAAAUGGGAGCACCCAGCAGAAACCCACGCAGACACGGUGAGAAUGUACAAAGUCCGCACAGACGGUCGCCCGAGGGUGGAACCGAACCCAAAUCCCUGGCACUGAGAGGCAGCAGUGCUAACCAUAGAGCCACCAUGCUCCCCCAAAUUAAUGCAGGAGUUGGUCUAUAACUUAGUAACUUCAGACAGCUGUUAAAUUUCUGGGUUUCAGCAAAUGAUUGUCUUUGUGCUGCAUUGAUUCAUUUGAAAUGCAUUUUUAUGUAUUUUUAGCUGGAAGAUCCACCAAGGUUUGACAAUGGAAUGCAAUUCAAUAAACAAAGACCACUUAUUGUUGACAUUUUGUUUUGGAGUUGAUAUCCUCAUCUCUCCACAUGUUAUAUAUACUGGCUUUGCCUGUUUCCAAACAAUAAUUUGGCUGUGCUUAGGCUUGCAUCUUUAAUUUGACUUGUGUCUACUAUGGAAACUUUGAUUUGGGAAAAGUGGACUGUAGUGGUGCAAGAAUGUGGCUCACCACCUUCUUAAGGGCAGUUAGACUUGAGCAACAAUUGCUGGCCUUGAAAGAAGGAAAAUAAAAUAGAUCCAGGAUCUUGUGAUUUGCAAGCUCUGUAGAUUAUAACUCUGCGUUUUUCCACUUUUGAUGCUGUUGGAUCUGUCACUUCAGAGAAACAUCACAAUUUGUAUUUCAACAAUGUGUGUAAUCUAUAGCAUUUUGCACAGUGGUCUGAAGUGUUUUUGUGAUAGUGAGUUGCUUAUUUAGCUUUGUCCUUUUUAAAGGUACUUGUCUGAAUAAGUAGUCUUUGUUAAUUGUAAUUUUUUUUUAAAUUGUAGACCAGUGAGCCUAACAUAUGUAGUGGGGAAAAUUUUCGAGUCCAUUGUCAAGGAUCUUAUACCAGAGUUUUUAGAAAGCAAUGGCAGGAUUAGACAGAUUCAGCAUAGAUUAUGAAGGGGUUAUUGACAAUAUAUAUUAAUGAUUUGGAUUAGGGAACAAAAUGUAACAUCUCCAAGUUUGCAGAUGAUACAAUGUUGGGUGAACUAUGAUGAGGAUGCAGAUAUACUUCAGCACGAUCUGGACAGGUUGGGUGAGUGGGCAAAUCAAUGGCAGAUACAGUAUAAUUUGGGUAAAUGUGAGGUUAUUCACUUCAGAAGAAAGAACAAGAA